ACGGUCACACUGCCACAAAUACAAUUUGAAAUAUAAACGCCGCUUAGCUGCAUCGAAAAAGCAGAACAUUUUUGGUGAAUGUAAACUAAUAUUGUGUUUUUAAACAACUUCGAUUAGCAUGGAUGCGGCCAAAUUGAGCGCCGUUCGGAUUGCGGUCCGCGAGGCGCCGUACCGCCAGUUUUUGAGGCGUCGGGAGCCCAGCGUCAUUCACUUUCCGCCAUGGAGCAACGGGAAGUCGUUAAUGGUGGAGCAGAAUGAGUUCAACUUCGAUUACGUCUUUCCCGCGUCCAUCAGCCAGGAUGAGAUGUACCAGGCGCUGAUCCAGCCGCUGGUGGACAAGCUCAUCGAGGGAUACCCGUGCACCGCACUCGCCUACGGGCAGACGGGAACGGGCAAGAGCUACUCUAUGGGCAUGGCCCCACCCGACAAGCCCGAGCACCUGGGUGUUCUGCCUCGAGUUCUGGCCGAAAUUUUGGAUCGCGUGACCGCCAGGCAGGAAAACCACAAGGAUCCCAUUCGGGUGUACGCCUCCUUCAUAGAGAUCUACAAUGAGAAACCCUACGAUCUGCUAAGCUCCACGCCACAUAUGCCCAUGGUGGUGGCGCGUAGCCAGCAAUGCACCUGCCUUCCUUUGCACAGUCAGGAGGAACUGCAGUUCAUAUUGGAACUGGGCACUCGGAAUCGACGCGUUCGUCCCACCAAUAUGAAUUCCAACAGUUCUCGAUCUCAUGCCAUAGUCACCAUUCAUGUGAAGAGUGAAACCCAUCACUCCAGGAUGAAUAUUGUGGAUCUGGCCGGUUCGGAAGGCGUGAGGCGUACUGGGCACGAGGGCGUGGCCAGGCAGGAGGGCGUCAACAUCAAUCUGGGCCUGUUAAGCAUCAACAAGGUUGUGAUGGCCAUGGCGGCGGGCCACAUGGUGAUUCCAUACCGCGACAGCGUCCUCACCACAGUUUUGCAGGAGUCGCUCACCGCGCAGUCGUAUCUGACCUUUCUGGCCUGCAUCAGUCCGCAUCGAUGCGAUCUCACCGAGACGAUGUCCACGUUGCGUUUUGGCACCGGUGCCAAGAAGCUUCGCCUGAAUCCGAUGCAAAUGGCGCAGCAGAAGCAAUUGCUGGCCGCACGGACACCACACGUCUUCCGCCAGGUGCUGAGCACCUCGACGGUCACCGGCAACCAGACGCCGAAAUCAAAAUGCAGCACGGUCAAACCGCUGACCGGCGGGCUCCGUCGAACCCGCUCCGAACUUGGCAUGACGCCCAAAGCCAAGAAAAGGACUCGCAUGAUAUUGGGGCAGGAGGAGACCACGCUGGAGCCCUCGUCCGUUCACAGCACGGACAGCUGCCAAACUCUGUUAGGCUUCCACUGCGACAUCGAUCAAGAUAGGGAUCUGAUGCCCCCACCAGGGGUUGAGCCUAGCCAACCCAGCAGGCUGCACUCCACCGCAAUGACCAUUGCCGAAGAGAUCGAACCCGAGCCCGAGGAGCCGUCCACAGUGGAACAACCAAUAAAUCCCACCACAGCACGCUACCAGCUUUUCCACACGAACAUUAGCCCCAUUAGUUUGCGGGCAUCCAGCAGUCAGCGGGAAGUUAGCGGCCUCCAGCCAAUGGAGGAUACAACAGUGCCUUUGGCAAUGCAAUCAUGCCUUCGUCGCUCAGCGCGUAUAGCAAAUCGCCAAAGCAGCGCCGUUCCACGAGUAAUGAAUUUGCGGCGCAGCCGGCGGCUGGCGGCAUUCCGGGAACGUGACACUUCCGUUGCUGUGAAAACCGAGACAGUGACCACACCGCCGCGAGUUAAUGAUGGAGCGCAGAACGUAAAACCCAAUGAAUGGUUGGCCAAUCAUAUUAAAACCUUUCUGGACCAGCUUAACAAUGGAACCGCUAGGGAGCUGCAAAACAUUCCAGGGAUCGGUUCAAAGACAGCCUUAAGCUUGACCCUGUACAGAUCCCGCCUGGGUGGCUUCCAAAAUCUUAACCAAGUCAAAUCCUUGCCCCUCUGGCCCGGAAAUCGAUGGAAAAGGAUUUGUGAAGCGAACUGUCUCGAAACUUGAUUAGUACUUACCAUUUAAAAUAAUUUUGUAAGUUUGUAAUUUUUGUGCCAAAUACUUUUACUUUACAAAUUCUCGACUAUAGGUAGAAAAUAAAAGGAGCCGGAUAUCCUAAAAGAAUUAA